GUAUUUAUUUAGAGUUGUGUUGUAAUCGUUUGACAUUCACUCAUUUCUACUACGACAACGAAAAGACAACUUGAAAAUAUGAAGACAAUUAUCUACGUUUUGGAGACUUGUUAGGUCGACAGAGACACAUCAGAACAAUGAAGCCUUUACAUAAUGUCAGACGACUGAUAAAGCAGAGUAAUCAGUUUGUUUUUGACGAAGAAUAUCCGAAUACGUGAGAAAUUGCAAGGCAACCUCAGAGAUGGCAACUGUUGGUCCGAGAGGUUCUGACCGAUCAACAAUGGAGCGGUUUAGCGAAGGUGGAAUGGCGCUCCUGCCAUGGACUAAGCAGAUACUCUUUGUACUGUGGGAACAACUUCGGUUGUUGGUCCAUGUCAUUUACUACAGCUUCUUAUCAGUUUUCCAGAUGUUCCGGUUUGAAGUACACCUACGGAUCACAGACGAGACGGGGCACAUGAGCUCAACUACAAAUCCAUCCGAGUCUUUUAUCUUUUCGUCAUUGUUUGAUGGUGAAAAUAGCGUCAUGGUCGGUGGCUCAAAUCCUCUAUCAAAUUUUUGCGCCGACGGCGGCGACUCCUUCUCCGGGAGUUCCCAAGCGGGUGCACUGCUGUCCAGUCUACGUGCUGAGGAUCUGUGCUGUGGUUUAGUGGAUGACUUUGUCUCUCGAGCUGCGGACUGUUUCCCCAAUAACGAAGAUGGACUGUGCCUUGGACACCACCCUAGCUGGAGACUGGGCUUUCCUGGCGACUGGAACAUAUUUUUGACAAGCUCUGACAGCUCUGGUACUGAUGAAGCAUGCUACAAGAGCACUAAGAAAGUUUUAGAAUCCAAACAUAAAGAAAAUCACCAGAGCAAAGAUGUUGACCAAGCCACUGAAGAGUUUCGCCGGGAGAAUACUGAAGCCCUACAGGAGUCCCUAUCCAGAUCCAGUAACCUCUCUUUUUUCUCAACUUACAUGUCAAGCACGACAGAUAUGGGCAAAGCUAAGAUGGAGAAUAGUAGUGAUCCUGACCACAGCUCCUCCUCCAGGGUUACUGAAUACUUCCAGGAGCCUCAAGUCUUGAAGUUUUGGUCCAGCCGUUCUGAUAGCGAAAGCAGUUCUAGCAGUUGGGGCAGUUCAGAUGGCUCAUGUGCAGAUCUCGACAAGGAAGAAAGCGAGAGGCUCUGGGAGCUCUUCUCAAGCCCUGAAGACCCUUACAACCCCAUGUGCUUUACAGCGAGUGCUGUCACGGCAACCCCGCAACAAGACAAAUCCCCCAUGAAAUCCCAGAAGACUGUGAAGGCUGCAGUCCCAGCUCCUUGCUCUAAAACUGGCAUAAAAUACAAAGAUAAUGGAAAGGGACCUUUGCCCCUGAAUGGGGAUGAAGAGGAGCAGCUCUGGAUGUCCCUUUCCCCCCAAAACGACCCCUACCACCCCCUCAAUUUUAGUGCCUGCUUCCAGAGUUCCACCCCAAUCACAGACCCACUCACCUUUGAACCUGGAGGCUACACAGACAACUCUACCCGACUUUACAACUCCAAACAGAGUCCACUCACCCAGGCUUCAAAGGAAGAGAUUGUAGCCCACGUCCCCCAGAAAUCUAGGCCCACCAACCCCACGUGGCCUAAGAGACAGCUAAAGAAGCACAGCCACCCUGCUAAUGUAGUGGUGCCAUGGAGACGGCCAGAUGCAUCCAAAAUCACAAAAACAAUAGAGGGCAAUGACAAGCCACAAAAGAAAAAGGUGCAGUUCUCGCCUCUUGUCCAAGUCCAUGUGUUGCGUACCUGGCUCUUUGCUCGAAAGGCCUCACGUAAAGGACAUUGGGAAGAGCUGGCCCGAGACCGGGAUCGCUUCCAAAGACGGAUCCAGGAAGUGGACGAUGUCAUUGGUUACUGUCUCAGUCAGUCACACAGAGAGAUGAUUCGGACUUAUUUGGACAGCAAAUCAAUAUCUCCUACACUCUGAAUGGAAUACUUUUUCUACUGAGAACUUUGGAUUGGUUGCAAUGCAACAUGUUUUUUUGUUGUUGUUGCCCAAGUUAAGAUUUCAACUUGUGUACCUCAAAACAGGGCUCAUAUUUUACGCCAUUGUUGCACUGAUUGUUAUUUACAACAUUAUUAACCUCAGCAUUAUUGUGUAAAUGUUUUGUAUGCCUUAAACUGACCCAGCAAUGUAAUUUAUUCAUGCCCUAUGGAGCUUGUAAUUUGAAAUAUUUUUUACGUUUUUAUCGUUGUGUGUGUUUAGGAUUUAACUGUCAAUUCAGCUGUAUUGUAUCUGACACAAACACUUUUGGGGUCUGAUAUAAAUAGAUAUAAACAGCA